AUGACCUCAGUUGCACAAUCACUACUUCUACAGAUCACAGUGCUGUUAUCAGCGUUUGCUAAAGGAGCGAAAUUGGAAUGUUUUUCGUGCACGAGCAACGCUAACUGGGACUAUUACAUGGAGAGGAUUCCUGGAUUGAAGCCUCUGAACUCAUCCGCGGCUCUACCAGUAGCGCCUGUGGCAUGCACAUUCGAUCCUAUGCGGAUUUACGCGGACAAGACAGCUGUCGCUUGUAGUGGUUAUUGCAUGAAGUGGGCAUCUGUGAAGAUUCUAGACGACGGAGGCCUUGAAGUAAACUUCUUACGAGCCUGUGUUGACAAUGUCAUGGAAUCAAAUUCUACUGUACCAACCGAAGACAGGUUUAUUAUCUUGCAUUUUAUUAUUGAUUUUAUUAGGGGGUCAGUCUGA